CAAGGGAUCGGGUCAAUGGAGCGAGAAACCACCACCAACACCCCGCAAAAGAACCACCCAAAAGCUCUGCUCUCGCCGUCACGCCCCCCAUAUAUACGCGCGCCCCGCCCUCCACGGCGCGCCCACCCCGCUCCUCCACCUCCCCUGCCUGCUGCAUACAGCCGCGAGCGAGCGAGCUCAAGCUCCGAGCCGCCGCCGUCGAGCACGAGGAAGGGAAGCAGAGUAGCCAUAGCUAGCGCCGGCGCCGGCAUGGGGAGGUCGCCGUGCUGCGAGAAGGCGCACACCAACAAGGGCGCGUGGACCAAGGAGGAGGACCAGCGCCUGAUCGGCUACAUCAAGGCGCACGGCGAGGGCUGCUGGCGCUCGCUGCCCAAGGCCGCGGGCCUGCUGCGCUGCGGCAAGAGCUGCCGCCUCCGCUGGAUGAACUACCUCCGCCCCGACCUCAAGCGCGGCAACUUCACCGACGACGACGACGAGCUCAUCAUCAAGCUCCACGCCCUCCUCGGCAACAAGUGGUCGUUGAUAGCGGGGCAGCUGCCGGGCCGGACGGACAACGAGAUCAAGAACUACUGGAACACGCACAUCAAGCGCAAGCUCCUCAACCGCGGCAUGGACCCGCACACGCACCGCCCCAUCAGCACCGCCAGCGGGCUCACCGCGUCCACCACCGCCCCCGUCUUCCCUUCCUCCCCGGCGCCGGCGUCCAGGCUCGCCAGCGCGCCUUUCGCCUUCCAGAGCAGCACCGUGAGCUUCGCGAGGCCGUCCCCGUCGGACGACGGGCACAGCAGCAGCGGCGGAAGCAGCGACGCGCCGCGGUGCCCCGACCUGAACCUCGACCUGGACCUCGACCUGUCGAUGAGCCUGCCGAGCUCGCCGCCCAAGACCGCGCCGCCCGCCAAGUCCACGCCCACGUCGCACCAGCAGCAGGGCAUCUGCCUGUGCUACCACCUCGGCGUCCGCGACGGGGAGGCAUGCACCUGCAAGACGGCGUCGCCGGCGGGCCCGCGCGUGUUCCGGUUUCUCCGGCCCCUGGAGGAGGGUCAAUACAUAUAGCACGCUAGGCGCCCGGCAAAACUCUGUACAAAGCACAAAACGAAGGAGGAGAGGGAGAAAAAAAAGGGUUUCUAAUUGAGAUAGCUGAUGUGGGUUAUUAUUUCUGAUGUUUCGCUUCAUCCCAAAUAUGAUUCAUUUCUUCUUGCCGUA